AUAUAAAUGUUUAUAAAAUCACGCGAAGAACUAUCUCUCGAGAAAAACGUUUAUUUCUGCAUUUGCAAUAAGAAACUAUAAAGGCAAUAUUUGUGAAGGUAUGUCAGCGUGUGACAAGCAAAUUGAUUAAUUUAAUUAUUGCCGAAGUGAAUUUCAAGGGAUUAGGUUGAGUAUUAAAUUUGUUUAUUGUACGUUUAUACCAGUGUUAUAUCUAUUUCGAGAAAUAUCAUAACGAUAAUAUUUUAAAGAAAAUUUCUGAUUUUACCUUUUUUCUCUAUUUUCGUCAUAUUUUUGAGCCACCUUGUAUGCACACUCGUGUGAACAUAUUUAUCUUCGUGUAACCAUACGCUGCACUUAUAGAUCCUUAAGUGCCAACGCUGAUACAUAUUAAGUGUUUCCACAAACAUGUAAUUAGAAUUAUAGAUCUUAUCUGUUUAUGAAAAUAUUAUUUUCUUACAUCAAAUUAACGACAUGGAAAGUAGUGUAUUAAAACACGGUAGAAUGACUAAUUACGAAUUGACGAUUUGGAAGCAGAUUGGCAAGUUAAUUUUCAAAUGCAAUUAUCGCACCGAUCGGCAUAAUUACAUUUACGUACUAAGUGAAAAAAGGUAGCUAUCUACAAGUUAUUUUAUUCUAAAGUUUCAUAUAAAAACAGCUCAUACACUUACUAACGAGUACAAACUCGAAUUAAAAUAAUCACUGAUUCUUCCUUUUGUUCUUUGCAGCUCUAUCACUCCACGAUAUUAGUAAACAAAAAGGAAAAAAGAAAAAUAUACGUUUCAUAACUUCGUAAUCGCGCCAAACAUUCUACACUCACGUAUCUAACCACACGCAAACGUCAGCCGACGAUCAACGUCGCACUUACACACAGACAACCGCUAUUCAGUGUGUCCCAUUCUCAUUGGCUUAUAGACGAGCCAUUACAGAGUCCAUGGAGUAACAAUGUUUGUCAGUCGACGGGUAACUUUGCCAGAUCACAUAUCGAAAUUGUCGCGUCGAUCCUCGAUCGAUUCUUCGCCGGGUUUUCUCGUAGGACAGGGCGGAACGAUAGAUCCACGUUGUUUCUGUUACUUUAUCGAUCAUGUAUUGGAAAGUGUGCGUGAUUUUUGUAGCCAUGGCUGGUGCUACUAGAGGCUGGGACCUGGCAAGCGGAUUGAAAUAUAAACUGACGACAACAUUGCUGUUUAGCGAGGCAGCUCCGUCGAAAUCCAGCGGGGACGUUGGCUUUCGAUUAACCGGCGAAUUGGAUGUAACCGCCGUUUGGCAGAAACCGGAUGAUCCGAGUAGCUUUUUGCUGAAAAUCGAGCUCCUGCAACCACAACUGUGGAUCAAAUCUCGAAGUGCUCCAGAACUAGAAGGAUUCGUCGAACACUCCUCCAGAAUAAACGCCCUUGCACAGAAACCUUUGCUAAUAUUUUGGAGAAACGGCGACGUAAAUUCCAUCUUCAUGGAUACUGCAGAGAGCGUCUCUUCGGCAAACCUCAAACGUGGCUUAGCCAGUUUAUUCCAAUAUACAGUGUUCGAUAGCGACGUCGAGGAACGAGAUGCUUCCGGUCUCUGUAAAGUAACGUACCAUUCUUUGGGACCGAGGACAAUGGGAAAACGAAAAAUAUCCUGCAAGCAAAAUAUUCUACCACCAAAGAAACGGCAUUCGAAUCCAUUGUUCGGCGUGAAGCUUACGAGUACUCGUAAUUCAACCUACGAACUCACGGAGCAGCUUUUGCCUAGCUUGAUUCGUGAUGAGGAGAGUCAUCGAAUGGCACUUACCGCCAGACCGGAAGUGGGCGCCAUCGUCACGUCGGAGAGGACACUCGAGCUGCUUCCUGGCACGCUCAGCGCUAAAACCGUGCAGGCUGAUACCUUGAAUCAAGCUCUCGCUGCCGCGCAACCUGGAUACAGAGAAACGAGUAUCGAGCUACAAUUGGAACCGUCCUCGUGCCCUGACUACGGAUGCCCCACGAUCGAACAAACGGUCGAAGAGUACCGCAGCGCCCUGGAGAACAACGCAUUGGGUACUGGAAAAUCUGCUUCGGCGUUCCUGAAGUUACUACCUCUAGUCAGAUCAGCCUCUCCAGAUGAACUGCAGAAGCUCCUAAAAAGUCCACGAUAUCGUCAAAUAAAACCUCAACUAUUAGAUAUCUUUGGCGCCGCCUCGACCAUAGCAGGACAUCAAGCAGCCAUGAAAAUUCUUCGACAAGACGAAAUAGGAAACGAGACUGAAAGAUAUCUUUGGGCCCUGUCUCUGUCUCCAACGCCGAAUGCAGAUAUCGCUAAAAAUAUUCUGAGACGAUCGGAAGAGACCCAUCCGAACGACAAAGUGUCAGAAACGAUAGCUUUAACCGCAGCAGCGAUGGCACGUCAUUUAGAGUGUCCAGCUAGCAUCGAGAAAGCAAGAAUCAGUUUGGAAAUCGGUCUCGAUACUUGCACGGGGGAAGAGUGCAAGCUGAAGUUCCUCAGGGCUCUAAGAAAUUUAAGAACCAAGGCUGCGAUCCCGACCUUGUUAAAAUUUGCAACGAGUGAGAAUAAAGCACUCAAUGUCGCUGCUUGGAAGGCUCUGUCAGCGCUACCCAGAGAUUCGCUGACUCCUGAAGUAAAAAAGGUAGCCAAACGAGUCUUUUACGAAAUAGGUGGGCCAAAGAGAGACAGUAGUUCUAGAACUAUAGCCUUGGAUAUUAUUCUCGAAACGAAUCCAUCGAAGGAAGAUAUGAGACACUUGGUGGAGUAUUUAGCAAACACAGAUCUCGAUUACGAGGUUCGGAAGUAUCUCAGUCAACGAUUGGAACAACUCUCUGAUAAGGAUCUUCGAUUUGCUAAAGAUCUGAGCGAAGUUUUGGGUACGUGUGGAAAGGAUAUCGUUAAUUACAAUGUGUAUUCCCAGAAAGGUCUUAGCACAGCGUUCACGAGAAACUUUCUAAGGUCAAUAGAUAGUAAUGGAUCAUUGAUAACUAUUCAAGAGAUUCAGUCAGGUUUAAUGAAGCGUGGAAUAGUCGACGUAGUUCUUCAAGUUGAAGACCACGAAGAGGCGCUAUUCUCUCUUGGCCUGUUCGCGGGAGGCCUAGGAAGCUUCGUUUCGACUUCCAGCCAGGAAAAUGACAUUCAGGAUGUCGAACCGUCUACUGCAGGAAUGGAGCUCGAUUUCCUAGGUGUUGGUAUCAGGCCAUUCGUCUUCUUCUCUGGCCAAGGGGAACUUAUGAGUCACGUCUGGUCUGGAUCAGCGUCCGAACGAACUCCAGCUUUCCAGGCCUUAGCUGCUCUCCAUAACUACAACGAAUACAUUCCAUUGGCCUCGGGAAUCGUAGCCGAAGUCGACGUCCAAGGUGCGGUUAGCUUCGAUUUAGCUGGACAAAUUCAACUGAGCCUAUGGUCCAGAAACGCUCAGUCACUGGUGGAUCUGAAGGCUGGAAUUAUGAUCCAGGGAGGAACGAAAGUGCGUUCCGACUUUGUGCAGAGCAUGGCUGAGUUCUCCAUGUCGAUGGAACCGAAAUUGGAGUUGGCCACCGACGUAGACUUUUCCGGGCCGGUAUCUCUGUGCAUGAGACUUAGCCAACCAGAGAACGUGGUGAAGUAUCAGGUAUAUAAGGUUGAAAGGGUAGCUGGAAGUAGGCACAAAUUGAGAAAAACCAGGAGGAUGAGGUUGCAUAAUCCUGGGAGGUCUUAUCUGUUGAACAGAAAGAAUAACGAGAUGUGCUCGAUGGUGUUCAGUUAAUCGAUAAAGACUGUUCGAGUUUGACAUAGAACUUUAUAGAAUUUACGAAGACAGUUUUUAUCGAAGAUGUUACAUUCUUCUUCUUCCAAUCGUGUAUCGUGCAAUGCGUCGAGGAAAGGGAAUCGCGCGUGCUGCACGAAAAGGAACUGUAUAGGUAUAUUUUUGUUGUAAUUUUGUAUUUUGUAAUUACAUUUUUUCUAUUUUGUUAUAAUUUAUAUAAUUUAUGUACUCGGUACAUUUACGAUUUACGGGGAAAAAGAAAUUUUAUUCCGAUGAAAAUUGCUCGAACUCGUUCCACUUCUAUCAACGCUAUUUGUUUUGCAACUCAUUUUGAUUCGAUUUUUUAUAGUGGGUGACCCUCAAUAAUUGAAUUAUUUCAUAGCCUUUUGCAUACGUGCUUUGCAUAUUUAAAUGAUACGCUAAGCGUAGAAGCUAUAACGAUUCUCAUCAAUUUUAUUCAAAAUAUCUAUGAGUAGUACACAAAAUAUUACUUUAAAAUCGAUAUUAACAAGCAAAGAAAUAUCUAAUACAUUGUAGAGAGCUAAAAGUAUAUCGAGUUACUUAUUUUUUGAUGAAUUUAUAAUUUAUGAAACUUAAUGUAAUGCAUGUUUUAUACAAGGAAUAUUUUUAUUCAGAUAUUGCUAGUUCAGAGAAUAUUAUAUGUUGAAAGAUAUUAUAUUUUAUGAUAUAUAUAGGAAGAGCUGGAAGAAGGCAGAUCUGGAAUUUAUAGAAUGUAUUGAAGAGAAAUGGAAAUC